CUUACUGUCCCGACAUGCAUUGCGCGUUUCCGGUGGCAGUCCCAGGAGCAGGAUGAGCCGCCACACCGAGAGCAGGGGCCACAAGAGAGGGGCCCAGAGCCAGGAUGGAGAGGCUGGAGGAAGUAGCUGGGAGCAGGCAGAUCUGGGCGAUCAGGAGCGGACGCAGAAAUUCCUACGGCUUAUGGGGGCCAGCAAGAAAGAACACACGGGGCGUCUGGUCAUCGGAGACCACAAGUCCACGUCCCACAUCCGGUCAGGUGCGGAGGAUCGGAAGAUGAAUGAUGAGCUGGAGUAUCAGUUUCAGCAGAGUAUGGACAGUACAAUGUCCGGGAGGAACCGGCGCCAUUGUGGGCUCGGAUUCAGUGAGUGCAAUAGCGCUGACGACAAGCCGGCAGAUCCUCCUGAAAGCUCCCCCAGCGAGGAAAGUUCAUCGGACCAGAGCACCAGUGACGGCUCUGACAGUGAGGAUUACUCCGACACAGAGAGAACAGUCAGUGACAAAACCAGCAAGAAAUACAGCAACCCUGAGAAGAACCGAGACCCAAAGAAGUACAGCAAUCCUGAGAGGAACCCUGAACCUGAGAAGAACCGCGAACCCGAGAAGAACCGAGAUCCGAAGAAGUACAGCAAUCCUGAGAAGAACCGAGACCCAAAGAAGUACAGCAAUCCUGAGAUGAACCGUGAACCAGAGAAGAACCGCGAACCCGAGAAGAACCGAGACCCAAAGAAGUACAGCAAUCCUGAGAGGAACCGAGAUCCGAAGAAGUACAGCAAUCCUGAGAGGAACCGUGAACCUGAGAAGAACCGCGACCCCGAGAAGAACAGAGAUCCGAAGAAGUACAACAAUCCUGAGAAGAACCGCGAACCCGAGAAGAACCGAGAUCCAAAGAAGUACAGCAAUCCCGAGAAGAACCGAGAUCCCGAGAAGAUCUGCGAUCCUGAGAAGAAGCGAGAACCCGAGAAGAACAGCGAACUGAAGAACAGCAAUCCUGAGAGGAACCGUGAACCCGAGAAGAACAGUGAACCAGAAAAGAAACCAUCUAAGUGCAACUACAAGAUGCAGUUUGUCAAAUCCACCAGCUCGUAACACAGUCUGUGCUGUGGGAAGUUGCAGCUGAUGUAUCCCCCCCCAAUGCCAUGUUUUCAGGAUUUCCUUAAUCACGGGUGAAGUUGUCUAAACCUAAACGUUCACACUGAGAUGAACUUGUUUAGCAGAGGGUAGAUAAACUACUGUUUGCCCCGUGGCCCUGUGUAUACUGAUAGAAUAUGGGAAGAUUUUGGCUCUAGCUGGAGGGAGGGAUAUCUGCGGCAGAGCUACGUGGAAUACAUACAUCAGGCAGGGAACCAGUUAUCCUACUUUCGUUUGGGGGUGGAAUAAAGAUCCACUGUGUGUCUUCUUUUAAAACUUCAAGCAGUUCUAAUGCUGUAUAAUUAUUUUUUUUCUUUGUGGUUAAAUGGCCUGGAGAAUUGUUGCUUUCUUUAUGAUAAAUUAUACUUUUACCUUUGUGUGAGAAACUAUCUAUUAUGUAAUAGGUAUUUUCCGGGGAUCCUGGUUUCUGUGGGGAAUAUUCAGGCCAUACUAUGAACCCCCCUGUUUCCUGAUCUUAGGAAAAGGGAUUUUAUUGGGGACAGAUAGGUUCUUCAUAUAAUCCUGUGCAGCAGCCACUGCAGUAACCAGAUAACAGCUGGUAUGAAGGGUUGAGCUUCUCUAUCUGACAUCACUGUUCAGUCGUGCAGGAAGCGGCACGUGACAGGCUUGCGGUCUCCUCGGCAAUGCAUGCUUCAUACAGAUUGGUAGACUUGUACAAGUUUAGCAUAAAGGCCAAUAAACAGGCAAUACUCUUCAUAGGAUUUUUGCCAUAAAAACACUUCCCCCAUU